CUCGACACUGUUAACACCAUCCUCAGCCAGUCCGAACUCAUCGAUCCGUCAACAGAUCAAUACAGAUCCGAAUCGCAAACAUGGCAAGCCCAUCGCAACCUCCGCCCAAAGGUCCUCGCUAGACCAAACUCGAUCGAGACUCUUGCUGCUCUGGUUGCUUUUCUCGCUGCUUCGAAUCUGGAUUGGGCGGUUCGGUGUCAGGGUAUUGGCGAUGCGAGUGCAAAGGAUGUGUUGAUUAGUCUUAUGUCCUUCGAUGGCUUUGCAUUCGAUGCUCAGAGCGAGAGUAUUGUAAUCGGAGCAGGCAUGGCUUGGGGAGAGGUAGAGAAGAAGUUGGAAGAGGAAGCACCGGGAUAUCAAGGUAUUUUUGUUGGUGUGGGUGGGAUGAUUCUGCACGGUGGGCUUUCUUGGAUCUCAUCUACUUACGGUCUCGCCUCCGACCCUCACAACUUCCUCGAUGCGCAAGUCGUAAAGCUAGAUGGCAGUAUCAUCUGGGCAUCCGAGGAACCAGAUCUGAUGUUUGCUCUCCGCGGCGGUGGUCACGAGACCGCCAUUGUGACGGCAUUCAAGCUGAAAGUGUACAAGUAUUCACAAACGAUCUACAGUGGGAGUAUCAAGUUCCCUCGUUCCGCGUUACAGGAAGUGGCAGACGGGAUUGAAGGGUUUGUGGGAAGGGNNAUGGAGGAGUGGCCUGGUACGGCAAUGUAUCUCUACAACACUGACUUGAUGGAGGGGUCUUUCAUUGGUGCGCCUGCUCAGCCUGGUAUAGCCAUCUGGCUCUUCGAUCCCAAGGGCGAAGAACACGGAAGAAAAAUAUUCGACUGGGCAUUCAAAAUUGAUGGAGCUGUAGACGAGACCAAAGUCAUGAACCUGAGACAGAUAAACAUUCAUGGCGACAGCGUCCUAGCAGCCAAAGGACUGUGUUCAGCAAGCAUGUCCAACAUCACCAUCCCAUCCACCGCAAUGACAAAACAACUCAUCCUCCGCGCCUGGGACUGGCUCGAAAACACCAUCGCCCUCGAUCCCACCAAACUCCACAUAGGCACUUUUGUCCUACUCGAGCUAUUCCAAAAACCAGUAUUCAGGUCUGCAGAUGGGAAUGAUCAGUGUGCAUGGCCACACACAACCAACCAGCAUCUUUUGCAACUGGGCGUUGGAAGACUGGAUGAAGGUGAUUAUCCCACUCAAUUGGAUAAAGAUGCUCUUGAUAUGCUCAAGAAUGCUGGAAAGUUGAUUGUGGGAGAGAGGUUCUCGCCUGCGGAUUAUUUUAUCAAUUUUUUGCAGCCAUGGAAUGAUCGUAGAGCGAACUACGACAAGCUGCAAGCCAUCAAGAGGAAGUAUGACCCUAAGGGUGUUCUGAUCAGGAAAAACGAA